CCGAAGGGUGGAUUUCAGCGCGCGGCCGGACAAACCGUUCCGAAAAACAGACAGACCCAAGCAACUGACUUCCUAUCAAUAAUCAUAUGGGGUAUUGACCAGAAUAAAGAUGAGUGAGUCUACAGAAGGGAGCCGCGAGACAAUCUCGUCUCGUCUAGCCAGACUGAAUCAGCUGCUGACUUGGAAGGGCAUUCCCAGGACAGGUCCUUCAGUCCUGCCCCACAGAGAUGCCCUGUUGGACUCCUUCAUGGUACUGUUGGAGGAAUGCAGCUCAGAUGUCCUAGCCAAGGAUAACAAACACGUAUCCGCCUUUGUUAGGAAAUUUAAGAAUAGGGCCAAGGAAGUCCAGAGUCUCCGUCCAUCCCUGACUGACUUUGAGACGAAGACAGUGAUUGGACGCGGACAUUUCGGAGAGGUACAGCUGGUGCGUGAGCGCUGCACUGGAGACAUGUACGCCAUGAAGGUCCUGAAGAAGUCCGACAUCCUCUCCCAAGAAAGUGUGGCGUUUUUCGAGGAGGAGCGUGACAUCAUGGCGAGGGCGACCAGCCCGUGGAUCACGUCCCUGCAGUACGCCUUCCAGGACAGCACCAGUCUGUACCUGGUCAUGGACUUCCACCCCGGGGGGGACCUGCUCACCCUGCUCAGUCGGCAUGAUGAUGUGUUUGAGGAGAAGAUGGCUCAGUUUUACCUGGCAGAGAUGGUGCAGGCCAUCCACUGUCUGCACCUCAUGGGAUAUGUUCACAGGGAUGUGAAACCAGACAACAUUCUGAUUGACAGAACUGGACACAUCAAACUUGCCGACUUCGGCUCUGCUGCCAGGAUAUCAAAACAUCAGACUGUUGAAGCCAGAAUGCCAGUAGGAACUCCAGACUACAUCGCCCCUGAAGUGCUGAUGAGUAUGAAUGGCACCAGUCAGGACUACGGAGUCGGCUGUGACUGGUGGUCUCUGGGAGUCGUGGCUUACGAGCUAUUGUUCGGAGACGCGCCCUUCUCUGAUGAAUCUGUGGUGAAAACCUACAGCAACAUCAUGAACCACAAGGUUUCCCUCAAGUUUCCCAGUGAGACAAGAGUGAGCAAGGAGGCGCAGGAACUGAUCCAGUGUUUGUGUUGUGAGGCCAAAGACCGUCUGACGUAUGAAGAGAUCACAUGUCUGCCCUUCUUCACAGGAGUGGACUGGACUAACCUGAGAGACUCUGUCCCCCCGUAUGUUCCUGUGGUGGGCUGUGAGGACGACACCUCCAACUUUGAGCAGUUUGAGGCCGAGCUCCGCCUGCCCAAUGUGGAACUGUUCCGCAGUCAGCGGGGUCAGAUCAGCGGGAAGGACCUGCCCUUCAUCGGCUUCACCUUCAUCAAGGAUCUGUCUGGAACUUCCACUGGUCACAGGUCAACUGCAGCAGUCAACUCACCAGUAUCCCAUGCUUUGGUUGAGAAGCGCCUCGUGCAGAAGACCAGAGAACUCCAAGACCUCCAGGAGAAAUGUCAUCAGCUGGAGACCAAGGAGGCAUCCCUGAGGAACACCCUCCUUAAACUGGAGACACGACUGACAGAGAAAGACAGCCUGUCCAAUCAAAUGGAGAUGGAGAGAGACAACAUCGAAAAACAGAUGGUGGACUAUGUCACAGAGAUCACGAAUCUAAAGCGCUGUCUGGAGCUGGAACGGAAUCACCAGAUCCAGACGGACAUGAAAGCUGUCACUUUGCUGGAAGAAGUCCGUCAGCAAGGCAAACUGGCUCAUGAUCUGCAAGAGCAAGAGUAUAAGGCUGAGAUCAAUGCCUACCUGCAGACCAUCUCCCAGCUGGAACACGACAGGUUUGUAGCAGCAAGGAGAGCCGAGGCGCUGGAGACGGAGCUGAAACAAGAACAGAACUCCCUGGGGACUUACAAGCACAAGGUGGCGGAGCUGCAGGCGAAGGUGAACAAGCUGACAGCAGACAGCAUAGCCAAAACAAGUGAGCUGCAAGAGAAGUUGGCAGAAGGCUUCCGCGAACGGGAGGUUUACCAAGAAAGCAAAGAACGUGAACUUCAGGCCAAAAUCGAAUUUCUUGAGAACAAACUGAAGAUGAGUGAAGCCAAGCAGAGUGCAGGAGAAGGGGAGACCAUCAGACUACGGGAGGAGCUUUCAGCUCAGAUGCUGACUACUGCAGAGAAAACUAAGCUGGUGAGCAAGUUAGAGUCCAAACUCCAGGCACUGGAGGGUCAUGUGACAGAACUGAAGCAGGCUGAAGAAAACAGACAAUAUGAGACACAGCUAAGACAGGAGGAUCAGAUGGAUGAGUUCCAACAUCACAACCAGCAGCUGGCAGCACAGAAGCGCCAUCUGGAGGAGCAAGUCAAGAAGUGCAGGAAGGCAGAGGAAAAGCUGACUCUAGAUUUGAAGAACAAGUCAUCCCUGCUAUCAGAGAAGACAGAGGUGAUCUGUCAGCUAGAAUCCAGGCUGAAGGUGUUGAACAGCCAGCUGUCAGAACAAAAGAAGAAAGAGGACACCAGACAAACCCAGGCACAGCGUGUAAGUGACUUGACCCAGGAGAAGUUGUACCUGGAGUCUCAGAAGACUCUUCUCGAGGAGAAAGUCUGCACCUGCAGGAAAACUGAGACCAAACUGAGGAAGGACCUGGGAGAAAGGGACUCAACAAUCUCCCAACAAAGAGAUCUCCUAGGUCAGCUGGAGUGCAAAGUGAAAGUUUUGGAAAGUCAGCUGAAAGAACAACAAAAGACAGUAAAGGACAAGAGUCAAGAAGCCAAGUCAAGACAACAAUUUGAAGAGCUGUAUAGUGAAAUGAAAGAAAAGAGCUUGUACCUGACGGCAGCUAAAAGUCGGCUGGAGGAGCAGAUCAUAGAGUGUAAGGAGGCAGAGGCAAGACUCCGAGAUGAGCUGACUGACAAAGACUCUGCCAUUUCUACACACCUGGAGUCUAUUGGCCGUUUACACUCCAAGAUGAAGGUGUUGGAAGGUGAGGUGAAGGAAUUGAGGAAGAAAGAGGAGGACCGAACUAAGGAGUCAAGGUUCAGACAAGCCAAGGAAGAGCUGUUUUCAGACAUGAAACAGCAGAAGCUGUACUUGGAAACACAGAAGGGACAGCUGGAACAGCAGCUGCUGUCCUACAAAAACAGCCAGGAGAAACUCCAGGAGGAGAUCCGUAGUCUGAAGGACAAGCUGACUGAGUCCACAGACAAGUAUGAGAAGCAGUUGGAGGCAGUCAGGAGAGACUUGUCUCAAGCUAAAGCAGAUGUUAACAAAGACAUGGUCAAGAGUCAAACAGAAGAGCAUCUACGGACAAAGCUUCAUAUAAUGGAGAAGGAGCUUGCCUCGGAAAGGAAGACAACAGAAGAGAAACUGACAAAGUUGCAGUCAGAGAAAGAAGAUGUUGAGGACCGCUUUAACAAGCUGAGAGACAGCUGUGAGGUGGUGACAGAGCUGGAGGACCAGCUGAAACAGAUGGCUGAACAGUGUGCAUUCCUGGAGUGUAAACAUGCGCAGCUGGAGGAGCAGGUGCGGGACAUGGCGGAGGACAGAGAGACAGCACAGGGCGAGCUGGAACAGCUGAAGAACAGCCUCACCGAGCAGAAACAGCUGUGUGCCAGUCAGAAACUGAAUAUUGAUGUCUUGAAGACGACCUGCACCACCCUGGAGGAACAGAUAGGUGCCCUGGAGUCCCUGAAUGAGGAGUUGGAGGAAAAGGAGCGCAGCUGGCAGGAACUGAAGGCUGGCCUGCAGAAAAAAACACUCUCAGCAGAGACUAGACUACAGGAGAUGGAAGGAGAGAUCCGCACUGAAAAACUCGCAAGGAGUGGUGCUGAGGAGAAGCUGAAGCAGCUGACUGAAGCCAUGGAGACAGCCAUCACCUGUCACCAGCAGCAGCUGCACAGUCUGCAGAAACACCUGCAGGACAGGGAUGAGCAGGGGAGGAAGUUCUUGGAAGAUCUGAACGAGUCGGAGAGGAAGUUAGCGAUGAUCAAGCUGACCAAUGAUGGGCUGCAGAGGAAGCUGGCUCAAGAGAAGAGCACCAAUGACAGACUGACAGAAGAGAAUGUGAAGCUCCAGGACCAGGUGACCUCACUAAAGGCCACAAACUUCCAGCUGACCCAGGGCCUGGAGACAGCUGUGGAGAGAGGAGAACAGCUGCACACGGAGAAGGCUGAGCUGGAGAAUCAGAUGGAGGCCAUACUUAUGACCCACUCCCAUGAGUCAGUGAAGACUAUGUCCACCAUUGCCCAGCAGACUAAGCUGAUUGACUUCCUACAGGCUAAAACAGACGGAACAGGCAAGAAGAAAAAGGUGCUGGGACUGUUUCACAAGGGGAAGGAUGUCCCUGCCACCCCCUCAGCCAUGCCGCUGCAGUACAAGGAACUACAGCAGAGACUGGAGCAGGAGAAACUCCACAGCUCAGAUCUACAGCAGCAGAUUACACAGCUCAAGGCACAGCUCUACAGUACCAUCUGUCCACGGGCAGGGACUGGUAGCCAAGGUGACCGUAUGAUGUCUGAGUCCCAGUCCAGCACAGUCCUGUCUGCCAUUGUGAUGUCUCCUAGCCAGCAGCCCACCGCACUGAAGGAGGCUCACAACACACAGACAGCUCCAGAGUCUCCCCAGGGCCCUACCAGGGGACCCAAGGAGCGCAUGCACCACAACAUUCCUCAUCGAUUCCAUACUGGCAUCAGCAUGAGGGGAGCCAAGUGUGCAGUUUGUCUGGACACCAUCCACUUUGGGCGGCAGGCCACAAAAUGCCAUGAAUGCAAGGCUGUGUGCCACGCCAAGUGUGCAGCCUGUCUCCCCAGCACCUGUGGUCUCCCAUCGCAGUUUGUGGAACAUUUCCGGAUGUCAGUGAGGAGGAAGAAGCAGAUGUCUGCCAUGAACCUCUCAGCUGAUGACAGCAUGCAAAUGGAGGGAUGGUUGAAAGUCCCAAGGAACAACAAGAUGGGAUGGGACAAGAGAUGGUGCACCCUGCAGGGCUGCAAGCUCCUUAUAUAUGACAUGGACAACAAAGAUGACCGAACCCUGUGUGAUGAGUUUGACCUGUGUCCUGAGGACCGCACCAUUUCCAUCCACAGUGCCGUGACAGCAGCUGAACUUAUCAACACUGCUAAGACAGAUCUGCCUUACAUCAUCAAACUGGAGUCCCACCCCUGCACCACCUGCUGGCCAGGCCGCACACUGCACCUCAUGGCGCUCAGCUUCCCUGACAAGCAGCACUGGGCAGCCGCGCUGGAGGCUGCUGUGUCUACAGACAGCCUGGACCAAGAUGGAGACGAGAAGAAACUGCGAGGAAACAUCCUGCUGCAGCUUGAUGGGGACAGCAGAGUGGACAUCAACAGUAGUCUGCUGCUGAAUGACAGGACUUUGCUGUUGGGGUGUGAGGAGGGCCUGUUUGCCACAACCCUUCCUGUCCCUAAGCAGAAGGGCCUGACCCAGAUGGCAGGAGUGGGGAGUGUGUACCAAAUGCUGCUGCUACAGGAGAUAGACUUAAUGCUCAUGAUAGCAGGGACUGAUCGGCUCUUGUACCAUGUGGACUUGAAACACCUGCGGACGAAGGUGGCCCAGGCUAGUGUUUCUGUACCCACCAUACAGACUAGGGCUGUGGAGGGACUGGGGGGCUGCCACCUGUUCUCAGUUGGGAAGGUUUGUUGCAAAUAUCAUCCCUAUCUUAUGUUAUAAUGACUUCAGCCUACA